CCCCCCCCCGACACCUUCUCUUCCUCCUCCACACCCUGAAACUAUCACCGCCUCCCCCAAUUCGCCAUGGCCUCUCCCUCCCCCCAAAACCAUAAUCAUGACAACCACCUCCACACAACCACCAACAAUGGCACCCACAUCUCCAAAAAGCCCAAACUUUCCAAAUCCUUCAUCACCCAAUCUGAAAUCCAAUCUGAAUUCUCCCACCACCACCCCACCGUCGCUCGCAUCAACAACGGAAGCUUUGGUUCCUGUCCCUCCUCCAUACUUUCCUUGCAGCAAGAAUGGCAGCUUCGCUUCCUACGCCAACCCGACCACUUCUUCCUCACCCAACUCAAGCCUGCUAUCUUGGAUUCCAGGAAUACCAUCAAGAACCUCGUCAACGCCGAUCACGUCGACGAGAUCUCGAUCGUCGAUAAUGCCACCACCGCUGCAGCUAUCGUCCUCCAGCAGAUCGCCUGGGCCUUCGCCGAAGGUAAGUUCCAGAAAGGGGACGCCGCGGUUAUGCUGCACUACGCGUACGGCGCUGUCAAAAAAUCCAUAGAUGCCUAUGUUACGCGUGCUGGCGGCUACGUGAUUGAGGUCCAGCUACCUUUCCCUGUUGCUUCCCCUGAUGAAAUCGUGUUUCAGUUCAAAAGGGCCCUUGAGAAAGGCAAGACUAGUGGUAGGAAGGUUAGGUUAGCGGUGAUUGACCAUGUUACUUCCAUGCCUAGUGUGGUCAUCCCCCUUAAAACCCUGGUUAAGAUUUGCAGGGAGGAGGGUGUUGACCAGGUUUUUGUAGAUGCUGCUCAUGGUAUUGGGUGUGUAGAUGUUGAUAUGAAGGAGAUCGGGGCUGAUUUCUACACUAGUAAUUUGCAUAAAUGGUUCUUCUGUCCACCUUCUGUAGCGUUUUUGUACUGUAGAAAAACGGAAAAGAGUUUGGAUUUGCAUCAUCCGGUGGUAUCCGAUGAAUAUGGAAAUGGGUUGGCGGUAGAGAGUGCUUGGAUUGGGACUAGAGAUUAUAGUGCCCAAUUGGUAGUUCCUUGGGUAUUGGAGUUCGUGAAUAGAUUUGAAGGUGGAAUUGAGGGGAUCAAGAAGAGGAAUCAUGAUGCCGUGGUAGAGAUGGGGCAGAUGUUAGCCAAAGCUUGGGGAACCCAUCUGGGCUGCCCUCCGGAAAUGUGUGCCAGUAUGGUCAUGGUUGGGUUGCCUGCUUGCUUGGGAAUUGCUAGCGAGUCAGAUACUUUGAAAUUAAGAACCCACUUGAGGGAUAAAUAUGAGAUUGAAGUUCCCAUUUACUUUCGACCUCCUAAGGAUGGGGAGGUUGGUCCUAUCACCGGCUAUGCUCGAAUUUCUCAUCAAGUUUACAACAAAGUUGAUGAUUACUACAAGUUCAGAGAUGCUGUCAAUGAACUUGUUCAACAUGGAUUCUCCUGUGCAUCUCUCAAUUAAACAGUUGUGGGCAUGGAUUAAGAUUCCUGCACUAAGCUGUGAAUUGGUUUCCUAGCUGUUUGUAGGUGCAGAGGCAGUCUUGUCUUGUGAUGAAUAAUAGCCAGGUAAGAUGAGAUAUUCCGGGCUGGCUACUUGUCGUGGUUUCGGUACCAUGAUCUCCCUAAACUAUGAAGAAGCAAACUGCCGAGCAAUGAAAAAUGUACUUGAAAUUAAUGUUAAUGGCAAUUGACAGCUAA